GAAGAAAGGCUCCGCGGGAAGGAGAAAAGGACGUGUGUCGGCAGGAAUAUCAGCAAGAGUGGCAACUACAACAACAAGUCCCAGUCGGCUAGCAUAAGCAAACGCUCAUCAGAAUGGCGUCGUAUCAGAUAGCGAAUCUACUGGAGAAGAUGACGUCCAAUGAUAAGGACUUUCGCUUCAUGGCCACCAACGAUCUGAUGACGGAGUUACAAAAGGACAGCAUCAAGCUGGAUGAUGAGUCCGAGAAAAAAGUCGUCCGCAUGGUACUACGUCUACUAGAGGACAAAAACGGUGAAGUGCAGAACCUGGCCGUUAAAUGUCUCGGUCCACUGGUGAAUAAAGUGAAAGAAAAUCAGGUGGAAACGAUUGUCGACUUGCUGUGCGCCAACAUGGUGUCGAACAACGAACAGUUGCGAGACAUUUCCAGCAUAGGGCUUAAAACGGUCAUAUCGGAGCUGCCGCAGUCAUCCAAUUCACUUGUGCCGAACGUAUGCCAACGAAUCACCGGCAAGCUGAGUGUGGCGAUUGAGAAAGAGGACGUUUCGGUGCAGCUCGAAGCACUCGACAUUCUGUCGGAUUUGUUAUCCCGUUUCGGUGAUCUGCUCGUGCCGUUCCACGAACUCAUCCUGAAGGCGCUCGUACCGCAGCUCGGAUCCGCCCGGCAAGCCGUUCGUAAGCGUACGAUCGUUGCGUUGUCCCACCUGCUGACCACCUGCAACAAUAACGCGUAUAACAAGGUGAUCGAGCAUCUGCUCGAUGGGCUCGAGAAACCGCAAAACCCAGGCACAAUUCGGACAUAUAUCCAGUGUCUGGCAGCGAUUUGCCGUCAGGCGGGACACCGGUUGUGCAACCAUAUCGAACGGGUUAUGUUUCUUUUGAACCAGUAUAGCCUGCGGGAUGACGACGAGCUGCGUGAGUUCUGUCUGCAAGCGUGUGAAGCAUUCGUACAACGUUGCCCGGAAGCAAUUAUGCCACAUAUUCCCACGAUCGUGGAUCUUUGCCUGAAGUACAUCACGUAUGAUCCAAAUUACAACUACGAAGCCGAUGACGGAGAUGGUGGAAACUCGAUGGAGAUGGAAGACGACGAGGAGAUUGACAGUGAGGAGUACAGUGAUGAUGAUGAUAUGAGCUGGAAGGUGCGUCGUUCGGCAGCCAAAUGUCUCGAGUCGGUCAUCUCAACCCGGCACGAGCUGUUGGAGGAAUUCUACAAAACGCUUUCUCCAGCGCUGAUCGCCCGUUUCAAAGAGCGCGAAGAAAAUGUCAAGUCGGAUAUAUUUCACGCGUAUAUCGCGCUACUAAAAUCGACCCGCUCUAAGGGCGAUGACAUUGGACAUGACCCAGACUCGAUGGAACAAAUCCCUGGCCCGAUUAGCAUGCUCACGGAUCAGGUGCCAACGAUCGUGAAAGCGGUGCAACCGCUGAUGCGUGAAAAAUCCGUUAAAACGCGUCAAGAUUGUUUCUUGCUGUUGCGCGAACUGCUAAACGCCCUUCCGGGGGCGCUUUCGAAUCAUAUCGAUCAGCUGAUGAACGGCAUUCAUUAUUCGCUGAAUGACAAGAACUCCACGUCCAACAUGAAGAUUGAUGCCCUCGGGUUUGUGUACUGCAUGCUCGUCGGACACAGCCCGCAAGUUUUUCACUCGCACAUUCAGCUGCUCGUGCCGCUAGUCGUGAACGCGGUGUUUGAUCCUUUCUACAAAAUCGCCACAGAAGCGUUGCUUGUCCUGCAACAGCUGGUCAAGGUGAUUCGGCCGCUCGACGUGCAAACGUCGUUCGAUUUCACACCGUACGUAAGCCAGCUCUACACCAGCACCCUGCAGAAGCUACGCUCUCCCGAGGUAGAUCAGGAGGUUAAGGAGCGGGCCAUCGCCUGUAUGGGUCAGAUCAUCGCGAAUAUGGGUGACGUGCUGCAGGCGGAACUGGUCACGUGUCUGCCCCUGUUUAUGGAGCGCUUGCGCAACGAAGUAACCCGGCUUAGCUCGGUUAAGGCGCUCACGAUGAUAGCCGCGUCGCCAUUGCGCGUGAACCUUAGUCCCAUCAUCGCCGAGGUAGUUCUGGUUUUGGGAUCCUUCCUGCGCAAAAACCAGCGUGCGCUUAAACUCAAUUCGCUCACGCUGCUCGACACGCUUGUGACGCACUACAGCCAGUUUCUGGAACCGAUGCUGUUACGCAGCACCGUUGCAGAGGUUCCACCGUUGCUAAGCGAAUCGGACUUGCACGUCGCACAGCUCUCGCUUGUCCUGCUCACCUCUGUGGCUCGUCAACAACCGGAAGCGCUAGUGGGCAUUCAUGAGCAGAUCCUGCAGGAAGUGAUGACGCUCGUCCGUUCGCCGCUUCUGCAAGGAACGGCUUUGAACUGCACACUAAAGCUGUUCCAAGCGCUCGUGCAGGCACAGCUGCCUGGGUUGGGCUACAGACACCUGCUGGCAAUGCUCAUGAAUCCUGUCUACAACCAGCAGCAGCAUGGUGGCAGCCCAUUGCACAAGCAAGCGUACCAUUCGUUGGCGAAGUGCAUUGCCGCACUAACGCUGCAGGUCCCGAACGAGGCGCUUACUGUGGCGGGAGAGUUUCUGCGUGAAAUUCAAAACCGCCGCAAUGACUCGCAUCUUAUGUUCUACCUACUGACGAUUGGGGAAAUCGGCAGACAUUUCAACCUGCACACAAUCGACACAUUAGCGCAGACGAUCCUGAAUUGUUUCUCGGCCUCAUCCGAGGACGUCAAGGGAGCAGCAAGCCACGCUCUUGGCGCAAUCGCCGUCGGUAAUCUCAACCACUAUCUACCCUUUAUACUAAACGAGAUUGAGGCGCAACCGAAGCGGCAGUACCUAUUGCUACACUCACUGAAAGAGGUCAUCUCAUCACUUUCAACAAGCAAAGCCGGUUUGGAGCAACUUCUACCGUCGGUACCAUCGAUCUGGACGCAACUGUUCAAACACUGUGAAUGCUCGGAAGAAGGCUCCCGCAACGUGGUAGCCGAAUGUUUGGGCAAACUCGUUCUGGUCAAUCCGGAAGAGUUGCUUCCACGACUGCAGGUGGCGUUGCGCAGCGAAAGCGCCCUCAUGCGCACAGCCGUAGUGUCAUCGAUCAAGUUUACCAUCUCUGAUCAACCGCAACCGAUCGAUCCGCUACUGCGGCAGUGCAUCGGCCAGUUUUUGUUCGCACUGCAGGAUCCGGAACCAUCGGUACGGCGAGUUGCUCUGGUCGCCUUCAACUCGGCCGUGCACAACAAGCCGAGCCUGGUGCGUGAUCUGCUGCCAGAGCUGCUGCCACAGCUAUACUCCGAAACGAAGGUGAAGAAGGAGCUGAUUCGAGAGGUGGAAAUGGGUCCGUUCAAGCACACCGUUGACGACGGGUUGGACAUCCGGAAAGCGGCAUUCGAGUGCAUGUACACACUGCUCGAACAAGGGCUGGAUCGUGUGGAUAUAAUGCAAUUUUUGGAGCACGUACAGGCGGGACUACGCGAUCACUACGAUAUUAAAAUGCUGACGUAUCUCAUGACGGCCCGUUUGGCUGCGCUUUGUCCGAAUGCCGUUCUACAGAAACUCGAUCAAUUCGUAGAACCGCUGCGAGCCACCUGCACGCUGAAGGUAAAAGCCAACUCAGUAAAGCAAGAGUAUGAGAAGCAGGAUGAACUGAAACGAUCUGCUCUGCGUGCAGUAGCUGCUCUGCUGCAAAUUCCCAAGGCUGAUAAAAAUAUAUAUCUGGCGGAAUUCUUGAUCCUGAUUCGCAGCUCAUCUGAGUUGCAGCCACUGCUGGAAUCCGUCCAAAAGGACUCUACCGGGCAGACCAACAAUAACAUCGACGGGCGGGAUUCGUCGAUGGAUCAGAGCUAGGUGGCAAGGACGAAGAAGGCGCGUGUCAGAUGAUGCGAUUCGAAUGAAACGCAAGGCGGUGUAGCAUAGCGCACGGGCAAGCAAAACAUGCUGCAUAGACAAGAGUCGUUCGAGGGCACGCGUUUGUUGCUGAUCGUCUCAUCUCCCGUUGGACCCGCUUUCCAUCAUUCAGUCGCAGUAGUUUUAGGAGAUCCCUAAGCGGAACGCUCCUAUGUUCAAGAUAACAUGCUAUCAUCAAUACAAAAACGAUGUAAAUGAUAAGAAUAUGC